CUCUAUCAGCAAGUACAGUCGGAUGCAGCUGAUUGGAACGACGGUCGAUAUUGGGACGUUGAGAGGGUGCGGAGGGAAUAAUUCCCAACCGCCAAGAGACAUUUUAGGAAAACUCCCCGUUGAGGGACGCUACUUGUUCAGACUUGCGAUGCAUGGUGCCGAAACAAUGGGACACCGUCUUUGUAGCUUUGCAGUCGCCGUUGCUUGCCAAUUACCUGUCUCGAUCCAAUGCGCAGACACGCUGUCCGAGACGAGACAAAAAUAUCAACGGCACCGAGAUGGAGAUGGACAGGGCGGCCGACGGACAUGCGCGCCAACUCUCGCUGCGUCCAUUCCGCCACAACCUGGCGCACAUCAUCGACGUGACCAGAUACGUUAUUCGUACCAUCCAAUUGAACAAGGCAGCACGGGCGAUUGAUAAUCGUCCUAUCGAGGUAGGCUUUCCAGCCAGGAAUCAGUCCGCGGUGGAGAUUGAGAUGAGUCGGAGAGCUAGCUCCGAAAUCUGCCAUGUUCAUACAAUGCCCAUCCUCGCCAAUGUAAUGGCAGCAUCCCGUCAUCCCAGGAGGCCAUCGUGCCUAGGGGGGCAGCAUGUUACCCAUGCACCGAUUGAAGUUUAGCCAACUGGACGAAGCCGUUCGCCGUUGGGAAACCCGACAACUCCUCGUGUAAACCAUGCUAUCUGAUGUGCUAUCCGUGGUGCGACUGCACUGUCCGGGAGGCUGGGAAACCAU